CAUUUAAAUUGUAGUAUGUCUUCUGCUCAGGUCCAAAUCCCCCAAAACCACGAAUUCCGCGUGGACCGCGUCGAGGAAAAAACCGAACUUUCCUAGUGUCCCCUCCACACUCUCAUCGCGUGCUUCCUGCGCUCACUCUCUUCUGGAAGAGCUUAUUCCCGGCGCGACCAUGGCGAUGGCGGCGCUGCGUGAGGCCUCCCGCCGUCUGGUCUCCAGGAGGGAGUCCCCGGCGGCCUACGCGCGCCCCUUCCUCCUCACGCACUCCCGGGGCAUCACCUACAGGCUCUUCAUCGGAGCGCUGCAGAUCUUUGCUCGCUCGCCGUCUCUCGUGCGUGCAGAUCUGUGUGAUUGGCGGCUCGGGCUGUCCCAAUUCGCGACCGAGGAUAGCCUGGCAGAAGCUUUCUCUCAGUAUGGCCAGGUACUAGAAGCAACAAUUGUCACCGAUAAGAUGACCAACAGACCAAAAGGAUUCGGCUUUGUGAAAUUUGCCUCCGAAGAAGCCGCCAAUAAAGCAAAGGAAGAGAUGAACGGCAAGGUAUUGAACGGCCGAGUUAUCUAUGUCGACAUUGCGAAGGCCAAAAUGAAUCGUACUACAGAUUCCAGUCCAAGAGCGACAGGUCCUCCUAAGCCACCUGACCGCUGUUGAUAGCAUGCGUGUCAUCUUCAUACUUUCCUUUUUAUCUGCUGCACGAGUAGUCUAUUGUUAGAUUGGGAGUACCUAAAACCAUAGAGAGUAAUAUGAACGAUAUUACAAAGCUUAGAAUGUUGAAUGUCCAGUUUUAAAGUUCAGGUGCUAAUGGAUUUUCAUCCAAAGUUUAUGGGGAGGUUAUUGGGACUUCUUCCUAUUAUUAUUGAGAAGUUCAUGCGUAAUAAUACUGGAUUUCCAGUUUUGCAAUAAAAGAAGAUGUGCCCGAUCAACAGCUCAGAUUAUGAUAUAACAUCA